UCUCCCACCUUUUUCUAGCGUCGUCUGCUAGGUAGAUCAGACACGGAGUGAAACGAAAGAAAUGUUAUUCGUUAUAAGGCGGAGAGGAUUUAUAAGCAAAGAAAAUAUUUUUGAAAAUACUGUCCAUACGGCGCAGGCACGUGUGCUACGAUGGCGAUCGUCGGACAAGAAGUGAAUUCUCCGGACACUGGCAUUACGUUACGUACCGGAAAUGACAGUGAGGAUGACCAGGUGGAACAAAAUAAAUCGUUGCUAAAGUGCAAUCCAAGCUGGGCCAGCGUUUUCGCCAAAGUUCUCACUCAGAACCCCAAGAUAAAGAAAACCAAGAAGACGUUAGUCCUUGCCAAAGCAAAGAAGGACGCCGACCUUAAACAACAGCGUAAACAUAAGGCGCAGAAAUUAAAUGCCAAAGCUGCUUCUAAAGACAGCCACCAUUCUCGAAGAAAAUCGUUUAAGAUUGUGGACAAAGAAGGUAACUUAGUUGAUGUAGAAGAACUGCCAUCGCUGAAUGAACAGGAAAAGACCGAUGAUGAGUUUUCUACUGACGAUGAAGAUUGUCCUGUCUCGAGGAAAAAAAGCGCCCUUGAGAGGCAGCGACUUCGGCGUCAGCGAAUGCAAAUGGAUUUGCUGGUACCACAGCCAGGCGACCCAUACGAAAAAGUUCUGCUCCGCACGGCAACAAAAGGAGUGGUUCAGUUGUUCAAUGCAGUCAACGAAUUCCAAGAAGAAAAGCGCAAGCAACGCGAUAACGAGUCGUCAGAUGAAGAUGAGCGAAGGUAUAAAAAAGGCCGAUUUAUGGAGACGUUAAACAAAAUUCAGGAGAAAAAACAGAAGAACGGUUCUGUUAAGUUAACGUCCAAAUGGGAAGCUCUUCGAGACGAUUUCAUGACCAACUCGAAAAUGCGCGACUGGGACAAGCAAGACAGCGAGGCAAAUAGUGGCGACGAUGAAGAUUAAUCGAACACAAAGUCAAUUCCCGGAGUUACAUUUUACCACUAGUGUUUGAGCUCAUUACAUCGUUUGUACAUAGAAAUUUCGUCGCCAAUAGAACCAUAUUGUAUUAUAAUGCAAAUAGCAAUGCCUAAAAUUUCAUCGAAUAAGAAAUGCACAGAUUCGUCACUCUAAACGUGACUAAAUCUAAUUAACCAACUGCAACUUUAUUAAAAAAUACGACCUGGAUGUUGGUCAGCUAAACUAUUUGUUUUUAAUAGAUUGAAUUGGUAAAAUUACAGAAGGCUACAGUACGCAUAAAAUUAGUAUGCUCGUACCACUUUGUGGACAUAAAUUGCCGCAAGAAAUUUACAAAUUUAGGUUGUUACUGGGAAGGUGGCUUUUACGGACUACCGUUGACAGUAUGUGAGAACAAAUUAGCCUUGUUUCAUUACUAAUGUAAAGGUGAUAACUUAGAAACUUAUAGGCAUAGGUCUAUAUAAGUAUAUGUUACCAUGUUGGAAAUUAUUAGAUUGGAAGCGUAGAAUGUACAGAGGUAC